AUGGUCGAUGGUCCUGCUGUUGCUGUGACUCUGCCGCCACCUGUACGUGCUCCUGUGGCUUCAUCUCCAUGCGACGCGGCUGCUGAAGCUCCUGGCUCAAAUCUUGUUCCUCCCCGUUCGGUUACGCAUCCUGUUGGUUCCUCCGAGACCGCUUCGGCUACGCCUCACGAUGCCUCUGCGUCGUCGCCGCCCAGCGUGCUCCAGGAACCCAUCUACGAGAUCACGAUCGAAGGGUUGUGUGGAGAUGACGUUGGUGGUGAUGUCGCGGAUGAUGAUAGCGUUGCAGCUGAGGAUGUUCCUCUUCAAGCGGUGGUGUUGCUUAACGACGAAGUUGAGGAAGACAGCCAACGAUCGAAGCGCACUCGGCUUCGUCGUGGUGAUGAGACGUCGGAGUGGCACCCCUUUCCGCUUCCCAAGGAUCCGGAGAGACAUCCAACCACGAACCAUCGCAACCUCUAUAAUCCGGAUGCUCCUUGGGACUAUGCAAACUCGGCUGGGAUCACACGCUUGCUUGAUGUUGAAGGAGAAUCUCCCCACCGCUGCUAUCUUGUUCAGUGGAAGGGUCGUCCGCUGCAGAUGAGCUGGGUCUGGAUAGAGUUGCUGGACAAGGAAUCGACGCGGUACAUGAUGCAAAAGGUCGACGAGUGGACGGCUUCUGGUUCUAAGAAAACCUUCAUGGGUUGGUACGACGUUCGUGAUUGUGCUUCCGAAGCUGGCACGCGUUUCAUAGAUGCGUUCCGCUGCGCGCUGUACCAUCUUGGUCGGCCCAAUCUGGUUACCAUGGAGAUGUAG